GGUGCCCAACGUCCAUCUAAGUACGAUCCUACCAAGGGAAAUAGAGUGGACAGAGGCAGGCACAAGGAUGGAUUGGAAGUGUGUGGCGUGCGGGUUGGUGGAUCUGAAGGUGAGAGACCAACCUAGCAUUGCGAUGGUGGACAUGGGCGCCUUAAUGAACAUCAUCCGGGAGCGAGACGCGACUAUGUUGGGAUUGGAGGUUGACCACUUGGACCAUGGCGUGUUGCAUGGUGCCAAUUGUAAGGCAGUUUUCUGCGGCACUGCGUCCAAUGUGAUGGUGGAGAUUGGGAAGGUGAGGGCGCGGGCUUGCUUCUUUGUUAUGCCCGACGUCGAUCACCCCAUCCUCCUGGGGAGGUCGUUCCUCUGCAGUACGGAGACUCUAGUCUUCAACAGGCACGAUGGAACGAUGAUCUUGGCCCUGCCUGAUCCGGCCUGUGGAAACUAUGAGAUCAUCAAGUGCCGGAACACGGGACCAGGAAGUGGGAGGAAUAGGCCAAACCUCGGCUCCUUUACCUUCGAGGAGUCCGAGUAUGAGCGACGAAGGCUCCUUGAGGGACCUGAGGAGGAAGGAACGGCCGAGGUUCUGAGUCUGCUAGAGGAACACAACCUGACGGCGAGUGGUCCCAAGUCGAAACAUUGUAUGACGGAGGCCACGAUUCUAGGUUUUGUCUGUAAUGAGAAGGGGCGAAGGCUGGAUGUAAAGAAGACAGACAAGAUCAUUGAGUGGCCAGUGCCCUUCCGCUCGAUAACAGACAUAAGGAGUUUCCUUGGGACUUGUGGCUUCUGGAGGAGCUUCGUGAAGGACUUUGCCGCCAAGACGGAGCAUUUGAGAAAGUUGGUGCGUCAGGACCAAGAAUGGCGCUGGGGUGAAGAUCAGGAAGAGGCAAUGGACAGGAUGAAGGGAGAGUUUAAGGAAGGAGGUUUGGUGUUGGGAGCGCCAAACUGUGAGGCCACAGAGGAAAAACCAUUCGUUAUCGAGACGGACGCUGGACCAACUGCCUUGGGAGGGGUCCUGAUUCAGGUAGACGCUGAGGGAAAGGAGAGGCCGAUAAGGGGCUCGUUGAACCCAGUCGAAGGUGAGGGACCUGUACCCGAAAGCCAGGACGAUGAGUUUAAAGACGGAGAGAUCAAGGAGGCGUUUCGGGCGGAGGAGUAUGAUGGGAUCUACCGGGAGUUAGGGUUGCUCCUAUCGUGCGAGAUAAGGGAUUCUGAUGUCAGUGAUAAGGCACAAAGGGCGAGACACCUCUACGUGGUGAGAGAURGCCACUYRUUUAUAAAGCGGCAGRUCGRAAAUCCCAGGCGGGUUGURUGUGGGAGAAACCRGCAAAUCGACAUUAUCGCGGCGUUACAUGAUGGUAUAGCAGGGGGGCACAGAGGGAGAUUGAGAGCUUCACCCAUGGGACGUGAUGGCACGCCCAUUCGGCUAGAGGAGGGGAACGCGGAGGAGUUUAUUCCCGCGUAUGACCACUAUAUGCUGAACCAGGGGAUUGCGCAGGAGGAGUGGAUGCAGACCCUACUUAUCUGGAUUAGGAGGGCAGAGAGGCCAGUGACCAGGCAGAUUCGAGAGAGAGCGUGGGACUGGGAGGACUGUCAGGCUCAACUUAGGAGGGUGUUCGGGCGACCAGAGUGUGAGAGGCCAGAGCCUAGGGUCGAGAGGCAGAGGCGAAGCAAGAGGCCAAGAGAGCCAGUGCCAAAGGGGGCGGAGGUGGCCAGAGAGGGAAGGAGAGCCCCAACGCGGCGAGAGGACGAGCCCAUGGAGCCCGCGCCGGAAGAGGAGCCGUUCCCUGCUUGUGGUCUUAGGCCAGUCGAGUUUCGGCGGAUUACGAGUGAUGAGUUGCGGCCACCUUCGUCGCCGCUAUCAGGGCAGGAGCAGGACGUGCCAGGGGAGACGCCAUUCCGGGACUUGGCGACUCACUUUGAUAUAUCUCGAUGGGAAGCCUCACGGUUGGGGGAGGGCUCAGCCAAGCCAGUGCGAUAUGUACCAAUAGAGGAGCCUUUAGACCCCGAGGCGGAAGCGGACAUACAGGACCGAGGGGAGCCACAGGAUCCUAAUAUGGUGGCCGAGCAACAGGGUCAGGCGCGACUUCAGGCUGAGGAGGUGAUUACGGUUGGAGACGACACCCCUCCAGGUACCUCAGUCCCUGGGCAGGCGCGACAACCCUGGCCAGAGGGGAUUCCUGAGCCGGAUAGCGAGGAGAUUCCAGAGUUCCCCCCAGAGAUCGCUGCUUUGCCUGAGCAGGGGACAGAGAUGAAGAAACAGGGGGCAGGGGAGAGAGUGAGGGUGAGUGCGAUACCCGAUUUGUCGUCAGCCAUGUAUAUGGCUGAGCGUCCAGGUACCGAGGGGCCUGCGCCAGUCGAGCCGCCGUCGGCGUUGCCAAGUAUGAGUGGAGGAAAGAGUGCAGGGGCGUUAACUCCAAGGGGCCGUGGACCGCGAGUGGGAGGAGCCUCAAAGGAAACCCGCAAAGAAAAGUCCGCCAGAGUACGAGUCCGUCUGGCUGAGAUACACGCGAGACAGGCUGAGAUGGAGGCGGCAGGGAUAGCGUCGACACCGCCAGUCGAUCCCCAGACGAGUGAGCAGAGGAUCGACGAAUUGUGGGCCAGGUAUGAGGGCCAGAGGGAUACAGCCCGCCAAAGAUCGCGAGAGACAGGACAGGCGGACGAGAGGGUGGAUGAGUUGAGGGAGGCGAGGGACUUGGGAUUCUCUGCCACUAGGAUGACGAUCGAACGUGUGAAUGGGAGGAUACGCGAAGUGACAGGUACAUCCUUUCGUCAGUAUAGUCUACUAAGUGAUGAGCUGGCGGCCAGAAUACUGGAGGUGAAGCACCUGACUACUCAACUCGCAGAGGAAAGGGCAACGAGCCAGGCGAGAGAGAUUGCGUGGGAAAGAAGGUUCGGAGAACUAGCAGCUAUUGUAAAUAGGCUUUCGGCGGCCGGGGUGGCCGAACAGACUGUGCGGGCUGGCGUUGAUGUCCAGGAUCGAGGGACGCGGGUUUCGCCUGGUAAGGGAACGGCAGUAGAGCCCCCUCGACAGAGGAGGCCGACAGAGGAGGCGUCGCGGGAUCCGAUCGGGAUGGAGGCGAUACAAAGGGUUGAGGAGGAGACUGUUGGGGUAGGAGCUUCUAUUGAGGUGGCUAUGCAGCCUAGGGUGUCUCCAUCACAUGAGGCCUGUGCCGAGGGGCUGGUCCAAGGACCCCCGUAUCCGCUCGCAGAGGGAGGUAGCGCACAGGAAUCGCUCAUGGCUAUGUCUGAUGAGAAGAGGGGGUCGCGCCUGCAUGAGCUGGCAGCAACUAUGGGGAUAGGUACACCACAGGAGAGGCCCCAGAGACUCGAUACUCCAGAGUAUGCCCCGAGGUUGGGAGAGUUGAGGGCGGAGUUGGGCUCCUGGGCCACAGGGAUUCACUCGGGAGGGCAUAGUUCAGAGCAGCAGCAGCAGGAGGUCAUGAGUGGGCUAGCCGCUGCAUUGGUUCCUCAGCCGUCAGGGCCGUGUGGGGAUGAGGUGAUAGCUGUUACGGAGAGGCCCUGCGAAGGGGGGCCCCAGAGACUGGAUACGCCAGAGUACAGGCCAGAGAGCAUAGUUGCACGGGGUGCUGAGGCCGUGGAGCCCAGAUCUCAGGGCCACAUGGGAUUACCAUUGUGUCAUGAGGUGACCACCGAGACCAUGGGGACGCCUUCAGCAUCGAGUUCCCGGGGAAGGAAGAAGAAGAAUGCAAGGUGGUUUGACACGUCCUGUUUUUGGUGUAAGGAGGAGGGGCAUAGAGCCUUGGAUUGCCCGGAGCUCCUCGAGGACAAGGCCGAGUGACGUGUUGCAGAGGUUACUGGCAGGUUCUACGAUAGA